GUCUCGUUCUCGUUCGACCGAUUGUGUGCGCUGUUUGAUCGAAGAACCUUCGCUUACUUACACUACUGCGUCUCAUUGGCCUCCGGACAAGCGCUCGCCGACGUCAUCAGCAAUCAAUCCUCCGCACCGCACAGCCAACCAGCCGCACUAACGGGAGUUUGAAACCAAGAGCUACUGGCACUGCGCGACAAGACUGGCUGGCAAGAUUCGUCGGAUCUUCUCUUGCCCCGUGGCACCUUGUCUCUUCUCGCUGAAUAAUUGAAAGUCCUUGGCUUCUGUCAUCUCGAGUGUUGAUCAACGAGGUCCUUUUCCAUAGCGCAAACAUGGCGACGGGCACCUCCCCUAUGGCUGAUUUUCAUAUUGAACCCGAAGUUGGCUCUUCUCCUCCUCAAAGCCGUACAAUUCCCAGUGCAAGCUCAACCUCGGUCUCAGUGCAGCCGAUACCAAUCCAGCAAUCAAGGCUUGAGGAGCGUUCCGCCAUUGCCCAGGCUGAUGGACUCAUGAAUCACAACGCUGGUCAUACUGAUGGAGUAUUUGAAGCUGAUGACGAUGACUUCGUGGCUGUAGACCAUGACGACGUUGCGGAUUCCACCUGGUAUUUCCGUCAGCCGACUCUUCCAAAGCCAACGCAGCUCGAUGAACUCCAUCCGUUCGUGCAGAUACUGUCGGUAUCAAAUGCAGAUGAGUGCGUGCAAGUUGAAUCAGCCUUUCCGGAAAAUGAAAGGUGCUCGAGAGAGAAGAUCCUUUAUCGUCUCACCAAGUGUCCCGAACUCUCGCUUGGAGUCUUUUCCCGCCCGCGAAUCGCGCCCCAUCAGGAGAGGCCUAAAGCUACCCUCGUUGCCCAUAUUCUUGCUACAAGAACUCCGGCGCCGGCCGUAACUGACGCUUCGAUGGAACUCCCAGAAAAUUGGCGACAUAGGUCAUCGACUCUUCCCAAUGCAUCUGGCGUUGAGCCUUUGGGCCAUCAAGAUCAAGGAUCAACAAUCGCGAUCCACUCACUUGCUGUAGUUCCAGAGCACCAGGGGAAAGGCCUCGGCAAAACGCUGAUGAAAGCAUACAUUCAGCGGAUUAGGGAUGCAAAAAUUGCCGACCGAAUCGCUCUACUGUCGCAUGACCACUUAGUUCCCUUUUACACGAGCCUGGGCUUUAAGAACUGCGGACCGAGCGAGUGUACAUUUGGAGGUGGUGGUUGGCACAGUUUGAUUCUUGAGUUUUAACGUCUGCAUGUGGAAAGCCCGAGGAUUUUAAUUACCCAUCUUAACAGCUUUGCU